ACGACGGUUGGUUGUUGUCGACGUGUCCGCGGCGCUGUCGAACGGUGUGACGUGUCUCGCGUCGCCGCGGGCAUCUUGACGUUUCGCCCGUUUUCAAUAAUAUCGUACACAUUGUUAUUAUUAUAUUUUAUUUUGUUAUAUUAUAUACACCUACGCUCGACACGAUCAUAAUAUAAUGUAUAUACGUUUACGCGUACAAUGUAAUACCACCGCCCGAUAAUACAAUACCGGUCGUGUAUUCGUUAUUAUAUACUAUAAAAUCAUAAAAUCGCAAAAUGUAAUAAUAAUAAUAGCAUUAUACGUUAAGUGUUAUAAUAUGCGCGCGCAAAUACGAGUUAUGGAAACAGAUAAUAAUAAUAAUAAUAAUAAUAAUCGCGGAUGGCGUGCCAUCCCGCUGUCAGAGGCUCCGGUAUAGUAUACAGUGAUAAGAUAUCGUUCGGCCGUUAGAAAUGACGUCGAGGGGAUUGUGGAAGCGAUGAUGAUUAUUGCCAUUUCCGUUGCCAGCAACUAUUAACGCAGUGAAAUUACGAAAUUAUGUACGAGAAGAGCGGCGAUGUAAGAGACACUGGUGUGGCAGAGGCAGACCUCAUAUUAUCAAAGCCGGCGGGACAGGUGUGCGAUCAGGAAAAAGCGUUGUCGGAAGCCGAGAUAAAUAGGAUGCCCGUUGACGAACUUCUCAGUAACCCAGUAUGGGCUUCGGUGUACCGUCGGGACUGGGAAGAACGUGCAAUGGACAUCCAGAAUUUAUCGAGGCAACCAGACGGCGAACUUCUCCUGCAUCAAACGCCUGAUCCGCCGGUAGAGGUGAUCAUGGCGUCGGGGGAACCCUGCACACCAGUCCAGAUUAAAAAAGCGAAGACGGAGGCGCAGCAGGCACGAAGUCGCAAGAACUGGCAAAAACUGAAGGAUAAAAAAAAGGCCAGGAAGCAAUUGGUAAAACAACAACACAUGCUUGCCAUUUCGAAUCCGGAAGCCGCCAAACCUCCGUUCGAACACUUUUCGUCAACGCUACCAGCAUUGCCCCCUCUCUCCGCCUUCCCAAUUUUACAAUUGUAAUUGUUAUAAUUAGGUACAUUAUUCAGUUUAAAUUAUAUUAUUAUCUAAUUAUUUUAUUAGGUAUUGUAUAAUUAAUAUUAUACGCUAUAUUAUGUUAUGUACCUAUAGGUA